UGAUUCUGUUUGUCCUCUGGAGUGGAGGUAGAGCGAUCUGGGUAGCUGCAGUAGUGUCAGGGCUCGGCCAGCCCUGCUCGCGCCCCCGCCGGAGGCCGUUGGAGCAGGUGGGACAGGCCAGGCUCGCAGAGGAGGGUCAGGGCUUCCGGCGCCGGCACCGCCUCCUGCCGAGGUGAUCUGGCGCCCGCCGGGAGGGCGGGUACGUGGCCGAAGGUCCAGGACGGGGUUUCGUGGAGGUGGGGGACCGUUCUAGCUGUGUGCCCCCUUCUCUUGUGCGAGCGCGGGCGCGCCUCGAACUCCCGGGACCGGCCAGGCUGGGCGCGGGGCGCCGCUCCCGAGACCUGGAGGAGUCCGCUCCUCCCGCGUAGCACUGGACCGUGGAGGUUCGCCGGGACUGGUGGCUGGAGAAACGCGACUCGGACGGGAAGUCCUUCCUGCGUCCGGCCGGGGUUUCUUGAUGCGGAGCCGAAUAACUGUGUGUUUUUGCGUUCAGCCCAUUUCUUGCGGCUCAUCGGGCGCGCGGAGUUUGCGGCGUACCUGCAGAGAUCGCACCUGCGGAGGGCGUACCUGCGCCUGAGGAGGAGGAAGGGCAAGGUCCAGCCUGAGGGACCCGCGCUCCAGCCUCUCCGCAUAAGAUCUGGGCCUUGGGGGCACCGAAGGGACGAGACUUCCCAGGCCCUGCCUUGGAGAUGUCCCCUGCUCACUGGGGUCGGUGGUGAGGGAGCAGACAAGCUCAUCACAGACCAGAGGUGGCCGCGUUGGGAAGGAGGCUGAGGUCGGAAUCAGGUAUACUGAGAUUCCAGUGACGACUAGGAUACAGUCCCCGCCCUCAAGGAAUUGUCUGCCUAGUUGGAGAGAUCAGUCAAGAUUAACACCUGUGAAAAGAUAACUGAUAAUACAGGGCGGUCCCCGGGUGGGGCGAAGCUCGCCCGUCUUUACUCUUCGUCCCCGACCCCAGCGUGGGCCACCGGCUACAAGAUGAACUGUCGCUCGGAGGUGCUGGAGGUGUCGGUGGAGGGGCGGCAGGUGGAGGAGGCCAUGCUGGCCGUGCUGCACACGGUGCUCCUGCACCGCAGCACUGGCAAGUUCCACUACAAGAAGGAGGGCACCUACUCCAUCGGCACCGUGGGCACCCAAGACAUUGACUGCGACUUCAUCGACUUCACCUACGUGCGCGUCUCCUCUGAGGAGCUGGACCGCGCCCUGCGCAAGGUCGUCGGGGAGUUCAGGGAUGCUCUGCGAAACUCCGGGGGCGAUGGGCUGGGGCAGAUGUCCUUGGAGUUCUAUCAGAAGAAGAAGUCUCGCUGGCCUUUCUCAGACGAGUGCAUCCCCUGGGAAGUGUGGACGGUCAAGGUGCACGUGGUGGCCCUGGCCACGGAGCAGGAGCGGCAGAUCUGCCGGGAGAAGGUGGGUGAGAAGCUCUGCGAGAAGAUCAUCAACAUCGUGGAGGUGAUGAACCGGCACGAGUACCUGCCCAAGAUGCCCACGCAGUCGGAGGUGGACAACGUGUUUGACACAGGCUUGCGGGACGUGCAGCCCUAUCUCUACAAGAUCUCCUUCCAAAUCACCGAUGCCCUGGGCUCCUCCGUCACCACCACCAUGCGCAGGCUCAUCAAAGACACCCUGGCCCUCUAGGCGUCGCUGGGGCCUUGGGCGCUCCUUGACGGCUUGCGGACCUUGGCUUCUGGGGAUCGUACUGUUAGGCCCUGUUAGCCCUUGGGGCUCUGGGACCCGCUCCAGGUCCUUGAUGAGACUUGGAAGGGCCACCCCUGGCUUCCUGUUGUGUGGUUGCCAGUCUCUGGUCGUCCUUGUCACCUUCACUGAUGGUCAAGUCUGGCCUACACUGUCUCUCCGCACCCCUGGUUGGGGGUCCCCUUUCCUACACUGUACGGAGGAGCCGUCACUAGGAUGGUGAAUAAAGUUGAGAAUGUGAGUUUGGGUUGAGCCAUCUCUCCCUUGGCUGGUGUUCUGCCCUGAAACAUUAACACUUUUAUAGCAGACCUGCCAGGACACACGUGUGUGUUGAGGGCAUUAUUCCAAGAUGAGGGGAGUGGGUGGAUGGGAUUAAAGAUAGAUUAA